UGGGUGUGCCUGCGCGACUUGCUGGCCGGCGUUCGCACAGAUCGACUCCGUUUCUCAGCGCCCGUCUCUCGAUUAAUCUCCGUCCGGAUCUUCCCACCGGCAUUAGAAGCCGAUAGAAGCGGCAAAAAGAACCGCAGGUGGUACCCAUUGUUCAACGUCAUCGCAUCUCCCUCGAAGAUCCCGUGACUCCGCUUUCUCUCUCUCCCACUCACUCUAGAGUCAAUCGUAUCGCAAGAAAAUGUCGCAGCAACAAUAUUAUCCCUUCAAGUGCACCCCGACUGUGUAUCCUGCCGAGCCGUUUGAUGCAAAUGCAGAUGCCGCUAUUUUGCGGAAGGCAAUGAAAGGCUUCGGUACGGAUGAGAAGGCGAUCAUCGACGUGCUGACAAAAAGGGGGAUUGUGCAAAGGCUUGAGAUCGCGGAGGCGUUCAAGACUCUUUAUGGAAAAGAUCUAAUUAGUGACCUGAAGAGCGAAUUAACCGGGAAGCUGGAGGAUGUCAUUGUUGCCCUUAUGACCCCACUGCCACAUUAUUAUGCCAAGGAGCUGCACGACGCCGUGAGCGGUAUGGGCACUGAUGAGGAAGCAAUUGUCGAGAUCAUGUGUACUCUCAGCAACUACGGCAUCCGUACAAUUGCUGCAUUUUAUGAGAAUCUAUACGGUAGAACACUGGAGAGCGAUUUGAAGGGGGACACGUCGGGUCACUUCAAGCGAUUACUGGUAUCUCUCGUGCAAGCGAAUAGGGACGAGAAUCAGGGAAUUGACUAUACUCAAGCGGCCGCUGAUGCUCAAGCAUUGUUUGAGGCUGGUGAGAAACAAUGGGGCACGGACGAGUCCCAGUUCAAUGCGAUCUUAGUGACACGCAGUUACCAGCAACUACGACAGACAUUUAUCGAGUAUGAGAAACUGUCCGGGCAUGACAUAGAGGUUGCCAUAAAGAAGGAAUUUUCGGGCAGCAUCGAGAAGGGCCUCCUCGGAAUAGUGAAAUGUGUAAAGUCGAAGGUCGGAUUCUUCGCCGAGCGUCUUUACGCUAGUAUGCACGGUAUUGGCACGAAGGAUCGCACUCUGAUUCGUAUCAUUGUGUCGCGCAGCGAAAUCGAUCUGGGAGACAUUAAGAAGGCAUUCGAGGAACGCUUUGGGAAAUCACUGGAAAGUUGGAUAGCCGGAGAUACCUCCGGUGACUACAAGAAGGCGCUCCUUUCUCUCGUCUCCACAUAAUAAUCCGGCGAAGCAAUUGAAAAUCUCGGGCGCACAUCUGUCUUUGUCCUUAUUGGCGCAUAAUAAUCGUAUAUGCAAAAAAAAACGAAAGCUACUUAUAUCGAACAUAUACGCCUUGCAUGCGGAUUUUCAAGCUUAAUCGCUUAUUGUACUAAUGAAAAAAUAGAAAAUAUCACGUUAUAUUUUUGAAUGUUAUUUUUUACAAUGCUAUUUUUUCGAAAUCUUUAUUUUGUCAUAUAGGCCAGUUUAAACAUUUUAAACGUACCAUGUUCCGAUCUUGUUUACGAAAUAUAUUUAAUUCCGCUGUUCUGUUAAUUUUUCCUGUACAUAUUUAGUGUGUUUGAAGCUAAACGGACGCAAUGAUGGACCUUUUUCCUAUGAUUUCAAUCGGAUACACUUGUCUAUCUACAUCAUACAAAUAUCUAUUUGAGAGUAAAAAUAUUUAAAAAUAUUAGAAGGGACGAUUUCGAUAUUAUCGUAUUUUACACUCUAGAACGAUUACGAAUAGAUUUGAGCAAAGCAGCAGAGUUAAUUAAAUCGUAUUUUAUACAUUUCUACUUCUGUUAAAAGAUAUUGAAAGAUUUAUACAAAGAAUCUCAUAUAGUUUGUAAAAGCAUUAUUGAGAGAUGUCGAGAGAUGGAAAUAAAACUGAAGAAAACGAUA